UUUUUCUAUUUUUCUUCUUAUCUAUAUUAGUUUUAUUAAUUUACUCUCAUGAUGCUGAUUCCACAAUUUUUACUCUAUUCUUUUUUUUACAAUUUGUUUUUUUUAUUUGUAUUUGCUCUAUAAAAUUUAUGUAUGGUGACUUUAAUAUCUAAUUAAUUUUAUUAUCUUCCUUAUCUAUCUUAUCAAUUAAAAAUCUUAAUAGAAUAUAUUCGAUUUAAUUUUUAUAUAUUGGAAUUCUAGCAAUGUUGAUCCCUAAACAAGAAAGUGCUAUAGUUUAUUGUUAUACUACCUUAUAUUUAUUAUUUCAUACAUAUAUAUAGAUUCAUAAUUUAUGUAUUUAUUUUCAUCAAUCUUCACAAGAUGGCAUAAAAUAUAUUUUAGCUAUAUGAUCUUAUACUGUGGUAAUAAUCUUGAAAAAAUUAUAUUGAUAUAUUAAUCUUAUCAUAUUAUUAUAAAAUAUGGGAAAGAAAAGUACAGUGUAAUAUUUAUAAUACAAAAUUAUAUAUUCUUUAUUUUGUAUUAUUUUUUGCAGUUAUACACCUUAUAUGUCCUAUUUUGUAUCCUAACCUUGAUUCCUAUUAAAAAAAAUUAUUGUCAUUAGUCCAAUGGCAAAUAUAACUUCAAUGUUGUCAAUAGGACAACGACAUGAUAUUUGUUCUGAAGAUAUUACCAACAAUUGCACAAAUGUAACUGUUUCUGAUACUGGUAAUGACUAUAAUAAUUCAAAACUUUUGGAAGAGUUACAAUGUUUUGUAUGUGAUGCAAAGAUUCAAGGACGUCAUUAUUCUUUGGCUACAUGUAGAACACAAAUAUCAAGAACUAGAGUAAUAGAAAAACUUGGAGAAUUAGUUGGUGAAAGAUAUAUGGUAGUAAUAUCAGAAGAUGAUGUAAUUUGUCGAAGUUGUGCUAAUCUUAUUAAUACACUUGAUAGACUUGAUGUUGAAAUGUGUAAUGUACGUGAUAAUGUUUUGAGAUUUUUGGAGCAAAAAUAUUCUUUGGAAAAAGGAGAACUUCUUGGUAAUAGUGAGAAACAAAAACGUUCUCAACCACCACAGAUAACAAAAUGUAACAGUCAAACUGUAACUACUUAUCAAAAUAGGAAAGAUGUUAUUUUAUCUUCAAAUAUUACUGAAAAGCCCAAACAUAAAAAAAGUAAUAUUUGGUUGCAAUGUGAUAAAUGUCAAUAUACCACACUUCAUAAUUCAUUUAUGGUUCAUCACAUUAGAGAUCACAUUAAACAAAAAAUAUUUUGUGAUAAAUGUGGUGUACAAUUUUAUGAAAGUCAACAAGAAUCACAUGAUUGUAAUGUGAAAGAACAUAUAAAUGAUCAGGCUAGAGUUCAAGAUAAACAAACAGAAUCAUCUUUGAAAGAUAUUGAUGAAACUAUACUGGAUAUUCCAAUUUUGGAAAAAAGUAUACAACAAAAUGUACCAAUUAUGACUAUUGAAACAUAUUCAGAAUCACAAAUUUCAAAUCGUAACGAAAAUAUUCCUAUAAUAAGAUUAUCAAAUUCUGAAAAUUUAUCAAUACAAAAUAUUUUAACUUCUGAUAAUAUUUCUGCAACUGGUCAACCAAUAUAUGUACGUAUUUUACAACCUGUUGAAAUUAAUGAAACACCAACACAUUCCUCAGUGAUGGCAUCACAUUCUGAUGGUAUCACAGAUUUAGCUAUAAAACUUAAAGACAAUUCUGAAAAACAAAUUUUAACAUUAACAGAAGAUGGUAAUUUGGAAAUGGCAGAAAUAGCUUGUUGGAAUGAUAUACAAUCAUCUGAAUCACAAUCUAAUAUAAUGUUUCAAUAAUUUAGUUUAUUAAAUUAGAUUUAUAUUUAAUUUAACUAUUUUUAUUAAUAUCAUAAAUAACAGUUAUUUAUAUUUAAUAUAAUAUAUAUGUUCUUUUUUAACUUAAACAAAAUCAGCAUGCACUUUCAAUAUGUUGAUUUCUUAUUUUGUUUUUUCACUGCUGUUUAUUUGAAAAGUACUUUAUUUGUUUAAUAAUUUCCAAUCUUCUAUCUUUGAUUCCAUUUAAGAUGAUGUAGUCUGUAGCUUGUGUUUGUUACUUAGAUCCUAAAUGGGAACUAAACAUAAAUAUAAACAAUAUUUAUGAAACAAAAAUGGAAUUUUACAUUUUAGUAUAAGAUAUAUAAUUUUAUAUUAUAUAAAUAUUAUGUCGUAUAUUUUAUUUGAAAAAUUCGAAAAUACAUAUUAAACUUA